CUCUCUCUCUCUCUCCAGUGUUACAUGUUCCACAUGUACGUGGGCGUACGGGCAGGAGGGGGCAUCGGUGACCAGAUCGAGGAUCCAGCGGGUGAUGAGUAUGAGAUCUACAGGAUCAUCUUCGACAUCACCUUCUUCUUCUUCGUCAUCGUCAUCCUCCUGGCCAUCAUCCAGGGUCUGAUAAUUGAUGCGUUUGGAGAACUGAGAGAUCAGCAGGAGCAGGUGAAGGAGGAUAUGGAGACCAAAUGCUUCAUCUGCGGAAUAGGAAACGACUACUUUGACACAGUACCUCACGGCUUCGAAACCCACACACUGCAGGAGCACAACUUGGCCAACUAUCUCUUCUUUGUGAUGUAUCUCAUUAACAAAGAUGAACAUACGAACCAGAAAGAGAACCACAGGCCAGAAAGAGAACCAUUUAACCUCCAGGGAAAAGACUACAAGUCUCAGAGACCCUUUAUCUCUGGGGGCACAGGUCCUUUAUCUCUGGGGGCCAUAGACCCUUUAUCUCUGGGGGCCAGAGACCCUUUAUCUCUGGGGGGGCAGAGACCCUCUAUCUCUGGGGGGGCUAGAGACCCUUUAUCUCUGGGGGGGCCAGAGACCCUUUAUCAGUUCAACUCGAGGGGGGGGGGGCAGAGACUCUUCAUCUCUGGGGGGGCCAGAGACUCUUUAUCUCUGGGGGGCCAGGGAAUGGAGGAGAGGAGAAGUUGA